CAGACAGGAGGCUGAAGACAGUACUCUGUUCAGUACUUUGACCUGUAGCUGAAACAAACCAGCUCACAUUUUGUUCACUGGAUAUAACCAGAGGAAGGAUUUGAUUUCACUAAACAAGAUAAGCAAUGUUGAAGCUCUUGAUGCUGGCUGCCAUCACAGCGCUCCUCCUGCUGGUGGAAGGGGGAAUGUCGGCGAGGACUCAGUCCCGCACUAAGAGAGAACUGGCCAGCCCGUUGCACCUCAGGGGGAUCCGGGACCCCUAUGGCUCCUACUGCCAGAGGAGAGGAGGCUGCUGCCCCGGCCGAAAUGACCAGUGCACUGUGCCAUACCUGGACACCAUCUGUUACUGUGACCUGUUCUGCAACCGCACCGUGUCCGACUGUUGUCCUGACUUUUGGAGCCACUGCCUGGGAACAACUCCUCCAUAUCCUCCCAGUUCUUGUGAAAGGAACGGCCACAGGUUUCACUCAGGAGCAACAUACAAAGAGAACUGUAAUUUAUGCACAUGUGGUCAAAAUGGGCGCUGGGAAUGUGAGCAUCAUGCCUGUCUGAUAGAGGAUGACAUGAUCCAGGAAAUCAACAGGAGAGGUUAUGGUUGGAGGGCCUCAAACUACAGUCAGUUCUGGGGUAUGACACUGGACGAAGGUCUGCAGUAUCGUCUGGGCACACAACGCCCCUCACGGACCAUUAUGAACAUGAAUGAGAUCCAGAUGAAUAUGAAUGGAAAUGAUCAUCUGCCAAGUUACUUUAACGCAGUAGACAAAUGGCCAGGGAAAAUCCACGAGCCCUUCGACCAGGGGAACUGCAAUGCAUCCUGGGCUUUUUCAACAGCAGCUGUUGCAUCAGACCGGAUCUCUAUUCAGUCGAUGGGUCACAUGACCCCUCAGCUGUCACCUCAGAAUCUGAUUUCCUGUGACACACGUCAUCAGGGCGGCUGCUCCGGUGGGCGUAUUGAUGGGGCCUGGUGGUACCUAAGGAGAAAAGGGGUUGUGACAGAGGAGUGUUACCCUUUCUCUCCGCCCCAGCAAAGUCCUGCUGAAGUGGCUCGCUGUAUGAUGCAAAGUCGAGCGGUGGGCCGGGGAAAGAGGCAGGCCACAGCGCACUGUCCCAACAGCCACAGCUACCACAAUGAUAUCUACCAGUCAACCCCACCAUACAGAUUGUCCUCCAAUGAGAAUGAGAUUAUGAAAGAGAUUAUGGAUAAUGGCCCCGUGCAAGCCAUCAUGGAGGUCCAUGAGGAUUUCUUUGUGUACAAGAGUGGAAUUUACCGACAUACAGAUGUCAAUUACCACAAACCGUCACAGUCUCGCAAACAUGCAACGCACUCUGUCAGGAUAACAGGAUGGGGAGAGGAAAGAGAUUACAACGGCAGAACACACAAAUACUGGAUCGCAGCCAACUCAUGGGGCAAGAACUGGGGCGAGGAUGGUUACUUCCGAAUUGCUCGUGGUGUAAAUGAGUGCGAGAUUGAGGCGUUUGUGAUCGGCGUGUGGGGCAGAGUCACCAUGGAAGACAUGCACAACCAUCACGGACGCCGCAAGUAGAGAUCUGCAGUGUACGCCUCACUGUAUGAUUUAAAAGUCAAUCAGGUCUUUUGCAGGUUUGUUAGAGUCUGAUUUCCACCAAACCCCAGUGCCUUCUGAAUAUCUCUUCACACCAUGUGCAUAAAAAGUGGUGUCCACUGCCCCCCUCUGUCCAAAUACAUGUCUCCACUGGAGUUUUGGUUUGGAUGAAGGUAAAACUCCAGUUUGUGUACACGGCCUAUAUCGUCUUAUUGGUGGAAACCGGCUUGUUACACUCCCUGACUGGACCGCAAAUAACAGCCACAGCCACAGGACUCAGUACUCCAAAGACACACUUCACAGGCACACAUGCGCUCGGCAUCACAAUGUAAUAGUCUCAAAUGUCUAAUAUAGUGAUAUAUUAGGAUGUGUCUUUUGUUUUGUAUUUUUUCCUAUGUUUGGGAAUUGUUACACACCAAGGCAGACAGUCAGACAGCACUCCAUACGUUCUGCUAAAAGGAUAGAGGGAUGGAGGAACACCAGGAUGGCGGAAGAAGGUUUUAGGACCAAUAAUUUAUUCCAGAAAUAGCCUAGAUUAGAUUUAUGACAAUUCUCUGCAUUCCAUUGAGGUUAAGGUUGUUUAAAAUGGCUUUAAAGCAUUUUAACCCACUCCAGUCUUUGUUUCAAAGUCAGAUUCUGUUAGGUUGGCUGUUAAACAAAUUUAAAGGAUGACUGUACAGAUACAGGCACUGCUAUUCACUCUCAUUUUAGCAUAUAACAGGAAGCAAACCAAAAAGUUUUUUCAUGCUAUGAGACCAAAAAAAUGGACAUCAGUUACUGCAAUUUUAAAUGACCCUUUAAAAUCUAUAAGAAUUUAAAGUCUGGAAGUGGUUUGGUCAACCUGGAGUUUAAAUGGUGGCCUUAAGGGCUAUACAAAGGCAAAGACAACUGUUUAUCAUCAGAACCUUUGGUUGAAACUGUUGUAGUGUGUUGGCUAUAUUGCGCUGGAAUAUAUAAAUACCACAGAUUCCGUGUAAGAACAAAAUCUGCUCAAGUCUUAAGCUAUUGUACUCUGUGAACUAAUAAGAUUGUACACAAAGAUUGACAUAAACCUUUUUUUUUUGUUCUUGUGUCUGUUUUGUUGAGUUAUUUAAUUGAUUACUAUACUAUUACCAUUAGUAUUUAAAAAAAUAAUUUGUUAUUCAUUUACAUAAAAAGAGAUUUUGGAAGUGGGGCGAAAGUGCACAUGGGUUUGGUUUCAGUGCUGAAUUACUACUGUCUUGCUAUAUAAAUCAGGCAAAACCACAAUAUUACAAGACAUCAUAGGGCAUGUUUGCUUCUCAAAUAUCCAUCUACACGUAUAUGGAGAUUAUUGUGCUUUAAUAAGCGUGAGACAGCUAUUGCUGCAAGGGCAAAAAACAUCGCAAACUAUAAUAUCGUGCAUGCACCAGAGCUCCAAGCAAUCCCAUCUGCUGACUUUGAUAAUGUCGUUAUUAUGGUCACAUGACUAAUUCAAAAGCCUUAUGACACUCACAGACAGGAAGACAGGGGGUCUUUCAGUAUAAAUUCAGCAACAGAUGCUAUAUUCUGCCCACCGGUCCAUUAGCAUUCGGUGAAAUGUGUUCUCUAUUAGUCAUGCAAGAAGUUUUUAUUAAGAUAAAGCAGUUCUAUGCAGCCAGAUAAGUCUAGCAUAUGGGCUUAUGUCAUGAAUAUUCAGUGUCUUAAUAUUGCUAGAUUUUACAUUACGGUUCAUGUUGUACACUGAUUUGAGCCCAAGCUGGAUCGUUCUCAUUUAGACAUUCUUUAGUUCUGUAAUUAUGAAUUAAUACUGUUAUUUAAGAACAAAGUCUGUAAAUCGCUGGUUACUACUGUGCAAUGUCACUAUGUUGUUCCUCGUAUUGUCUGUACACAAUGCAAACCACUGUAGUGUUCACCUAUACGACGCAAUAAAAGUCCUACAGCCCA